AUGAUAAAUAAUAAAAGUUGCACUAUAUUAUAUGCAACAGAAUCAGGAACUUCACAAGAAGUUGCAGAAAAAUUAACAAGAGAUUUAAUAAAAUAUGACAUCAAACCAAAAUUAUUUGACAUUGGAAAUUAUAAUAAAAUAAAAUUACCAGAAGAAAAGGUUGUUAUUUUUGUUCUUUCAACAACUGGUCAUGGUGAUGUACCAGAUCCAAUGAAGCCAUUUUGGAACUUUUUAUUAAUCAAAUCAUUACCAAGUAACUCAUUAUCAAGAACUAAAUUUGCAGUAUUGGGUUUGGGCGAUUCAUCAUAUACAACUUAUAAUUUUGCAGCAAAGAAAUUAUAUUCAAGAUUAAUGUCAUUGGGUGCAAUCCCAUUAUUACGUAGAGGUGAUGCAGAUGAUCAACAUGACUUGGGAAUCGAUUAUGAAGUUGAAAAAUGGACAAAAGAGUUAAUAGAUUCACUUUUAUUAAUGUAUCCAUUACCUCAAAAUUUUAAUAUAAACGAUAAUUCAAUAUUAAAAGCCAAGUUUAAAUUAAAGAUAAAUAAAGAUAAUACAGAAUUAAAAGCAAAUGAUAUAGUUUCAAAUAAACAAUUUUCAAAGAGUAAAAUUAUUAGGAAUGAAAGAAUUACAAAUAUAGAUUGGGAACAAGAUGUUAGACACAUAGAGUUGGAUAUUACCGAAAUCAAUAAUCAAAUAAAAUCUCCACAAAAGUUUUAUAAAAAUGGUGAUGUUGCAUAUAUUUUACCAAGAAACCCAAAGAAAAAAGUAAUGGAGUUUAUUCAAUUAUUAAAAUUAAAUGAAAAUUGGAUUGUCGAAUCAAUAGAGCCUGUAGAUCCAGAAAUAACACAAGCCCCAACAUCAAUUAUCACACCAAUUUCAGUUUAUCAGUUAGUUGAAAGUUAUUUCGAUAUUUUAGGUUCACCAAAGAGAUACUUUUUCGAAUUAUUAUCAUAUUUUGUUGAAAAUCCUAUGGAAAAAGAAAGGUUGGAAUUUUUCUCUUCAGCUGAAGGCCAAGACGAUCUCAGAACCUAUAAUCAAAAAGAAAAAAGAAACUAUAUAGAUGUACUAGUAGAAUUCCCAUCUGCUAAUAUUCCAUUUGAGUUUUUAUUUGAUUUAAUAUCACCAAUUAAACCAAGACCAUUUUCAAUUUCAUCAUCAUCAUCUCUUUAUCCAAAUGCCAUUCAUAUCACCGCUGGUAUCAACACUUACAAAACUCCUUAUAGACAUCUGCUUAGAACUGGUUUAUGUUCACAAUAUUUUCAAUCUUUGGAACUAAAUGAAACAGUUUCAUUGUUUAUUAAAGAAAGUGGUGCAUCAUUACCAAAGUCAUACGAAACACCAAUUAUUAUGGUUGGCCCAGGUACUGGUUGUGCAAUGUUUAGAUCAUUUAUGCAAGAAAGACAAUACCAAAAAGAGUCCAACAGCAUCCAAUCCUUAGGUAAAGCAUUAUUUUAUUUUGGUUGUAGACACGAGGCAAAGGAUUAUCUCUAUAGAAACGAAUUUGAACAGUUUGAAAAAAAUGGUACAAUUACAAAAUUAACAACUGCGUUCUCUCGUGACUCUAAAGACGGAAAAAAGAAUUAUGUCCAGAACUAUAUCGAAAAAGACUCUGAUCAAAUUUGGCAAGUUUUAAAUAAUGAAAAUGGUUAUUUCUAUAUCUCUGGUUCCUCCGGUAGAAUGCCUAAAGAUAUUAAGCAAACUUUAUUAGAAAUUAUAAAAUCAAAUUUAUUAAAAAACAAUUCAGAUCAAGAGCAAUCAAAUAUUGACCAAUUAGUAAACAAUUAUUUUGAAAAAUUGGAAAUAGAAAAAAGAUAUAUCACAGAGACGUGGUAA